CAGGGCUUGGUAAGUGUGGUUUUGGGGGGAAUCGGAAGGGAGGAAGGAAGGCUUGUCUCGGCUUUCUGGAGCAUGGGCUGGCCCGCCAUGCUUUGAGGAAGCCUAGGGAUCUGGGCGGGUGGAGAUAGCGUGGCCCAUUGGCCUCCCGCUUGGAGCCAUGGUCUCCCAGCUCAGCCAGUUACAAACAGAGCUCUUGGCUGCCCUGUUGGAAUCGGGAUUGACCAAGGAAACCCUGAUCCGGGCUUUGGGUGAGACAAGACCCUACGACCUGACCGGAGACAACGCUUUGGACAAGAGGGAGCCCUGUGGCAGUGAGCUGGCCGAGCUCCCCAAUGGGUUGGGAGAGCCACGGGGCUCUGAGGAAGAGACAGAUGAUGAAGGGGAAGACUUCACCCCCCCUAUCCUGAAGGAGCUGGAGAACCUGAGCCCGGAGGAGGCAGCCCACCAGAAGGCUGUGGUGGAGACCCUCUUACAGUAA